UUUUUUUUUUUUUUUUUUUUUCUCUCUUCUUCUUCUUGUUCAAUUAACAUAAUUUAAAUAUGACUGGUCGUGGAAAAGGUGGUAAAGGACUCGGAAAGGGAGGAGCUAAGCGUCACAGAAAGAUUCUUCGUGACAACAUUCAAGGUAUUACUAAGCCUGCUAUUCGUCGUCUCGCUCGUCGUGGUGGUGUCAAGCGUAUCUCUGGUUUGAUCUACGAAGAAACUCGUGGUGUCCUCAAGGUCUUCCUUGAAAAUGUCAUUCGUGAUGCCGUCACUUAUACUGAACAUGCCAAGAGAAAGACUGUCACCUCUUUGGAUGUCGUUUAUGCUCUCAAGAGACAAGGUCGUACUCUUUACGGUUUCGGUGGAUAAAUUUCAUCUCUUUUUUUCUUCCUCCCCCUUUUUUUUUUUUAUUAUUAUAAUCAAAAAAAAAAUAUCCCCAAAACAUCAUUACUUCUAUUCAAAAAAUAAAGCAU